AUGCCUACUGUAACUCAGCAAUGGGUCCCCAUAAUUUGGCCAGUUAAAGACAAUGCUAAGCUAUAUAACUUAAUAUGGCAAAAACCAAGGAACAACUCUAACCCAAUACACAUAUGGUGGGUUAGUCACGACACAAACACCGUGAACAAUAUCUCGACAACAAUGACGUUAGUUCUCCUCCCUAUGAACUGCGGAGAACGACAAACGAUAAGUCUCAAGCAAUAUGAUCCUAUGCGAGCGUUUGUUGAACAAUCACAAACACUCGUGUAUCAACCAAUGUGCUCAUUAACGCAAAAUUUCAAUGAGCUGGAACAGUACAAUGAUAUUCUAAUCAUUGUGUUUGGCCUGAUCAUCAUUAAUAUACUGUUGUUUUGCAUGAUCAACCUGUACCGAGGGGCUCCACAACACAAAAAUCCAUCCAAAGGCUUCACUUCGUUGGCACGAACUCCCUCCAACAUAACAUGGCGAUCCAACUACAAGGAGAACCCCGUCUAUAUGGCGAACAAUGAAACAGCAGCCGGUUAUGACACCCCGAGACCAGCCACGAAAGUUCGAGGAGAGGCUAUCAACAACGAACAGCAGACAGCCCGAGUAUAUGAAGCCAUAGAGCAGAUCACUUGCAUCCAGACGAGCCCAUCGCCAACAAACACAACAGAGAGGCAAACCAUCGAAACGCCUCCUCGCCCUCAUACAUACUCUAACGUGCACAUAUAUCAAGGCAUGACUCCUCGCAAAACGGUAAUCAUUGAGUUCCCACCACCACAACCUUGGACCAAGAAAGUGGCACGUUUAGCCUUGCGUCAGUUCUUGAUUAUUGGGGAGGAUUUUUCGAUAAUUUACCUGUCCAAAAGCUCGGCCGCGGUCAAAACUAUUUGGGCACGACAUUUCAUUGCUGAUACUACUGAACGUUUCGUUGUAAGUCCAGGAUAUCCAUUUCUUUCUAAAAAAAAUAUGCGCUGCGAAUAUUAUAUAUCUGGAAAGGAAAUGUGGCAAUAUGUCAACAUAAAAUUUUAUCAUUUCGAAUUAGAAGACGCGGGAGCCAACUGCAAGUACGAUAAACUAACCAUUUACAAUAUUGUUCUUGGAAUAAGAUAUGUUCCCAUAGCAACCAUGUAUCGUCAACCCGUUUGUGGUCAGCGUAUUCCCCCAGAUAUUCGAAUAGGUAGCAAAAUCUUUAUACUUUUGGAAACAAAUGCGUGGGAGCAGAAGCCAGGAUUUAAGUUUUCUUAUCAACUUGACGCUUGUGGUGGUGAAAUUAAGUCAGCAAGAGUAAUAAAAUCACCUCCCAUGAAUAUCGAAAAAUCACCUGGUUUAUACUACGGGAACAUAAACUGCAUGUGGAAGAUCACCGCUCCACCAAAAAAGACAAUUGUAAUUAAUUUCCAAGAGUUCAAUUUCGAAUACAAACAGAACUGUUACUUCGAUAACGUUGAGAUUUACGAAUUCAUUACAUUAAGAUCGAAAAGAAUUCCUAAUUUAUGUGGUAAUUUGAAUAAGAAUCUUCCGGUCAUUAAAUCAGAAAACAAUACAGUCCUGAUAGUGCUGAUCACUGAUCGAACUGGAAAUCAUGCUGGUUUUAAAGCUGAAGUUUACUUUGCGGAUGGACCUGCUUCUGGAUGCGGUGGAAAAUUAAAACUUAACGGAAGCUUAGCUGCAACACUGACUGCACCAGAUCUACCAGAUAUGGAUUGUUCCUGGACAAUUCAGUCAGAUAUUAGCACCACAAUAAACGUUCAUUUUGAUGAAUUCAAUUUACCUACCACGUGCGGUUCAAACAGUCAUAAUUAUAAGAAUUGUAGCUGCGGACUUUUGGAAGUCAGAGAUGGACACCCACGCGUGGCUGAGAUAAUCGAAAAAUUCUGUGGCCUUACAAGCACAAGUUUUGCAAGAGAACUGUCGAGUACAAGCAACAGCAUGGGCAUAAGACUUUUUACAAGAGGAGUUAUCAGGAGAGCUUUUAAAAUAACUUUGAAAGCCACACCAUCUAUUUGUGGUACAAUUUACUUAAAUGCUACAAAAGACAUACAGACCGUAGUUUCUCCUGGUUAUCCUAAUAAAUACCCCAAUGAUAUAAAAUGUGCAUGGAUCAUCAAAAAUAAUAAUGCAGAUGUAAAAUCCGUUGUUCAUUUUGCCGAUUUUGACUUGAACGAAGAAAAUAAUAAUCAACAUAUUGUGAACAACAUUUGUGGCGAAGAUAAAGUAGAGAUACGAAACGGUUAG